AUGCUGAUAAGAGGAUAUAAAAUUAUUGACAUCAAGAUAAGUAAGCAGUUUGUUGCAGAUCAACCUUUCGAAUUGGGUCCCUAUAACUGCGGAGAAUGGGAAAAUGGUGGUUUGCCUUGGUGGCUUAUUCUGGAUAAAGACAUUGAAAUGAGGACAUAUGAUAAAAGAUAUAUAACUGCUGUGAAGAUGUGGUUUGAUGUGCUGCUUCCAAAACUUGUGCCAUAUCUUCGUAAGAACGGUGGUCCUGUCCUUAUGGUGCAGCUUGAGAAUGAAUAUGGAUCUUAUUAUGCGUGUGAUCAAAAUUACACAUCUUGGCUGUCUGCUUUAAUACAGUCACAUUUUGGUAAAGAUAUCGUGCAAUACACGACUGAUGGCCCAGGUGAUAGCUAUCUCAAGUGUGGGACAAUACCUGGUGUUUAUCCGACUAUUGAUUUUGGGCCUAGUAAAAUAGAAGAAAUCGACAGCUAUUUUGCAGCACAACGGCGUUUCGCCAACAAAGGUCCAUUGGUUAACUCGGAAUUCUAUCCUGGUUGGAUUGUUCUUUGGGGGCAAACCAAACAAGUUAUACCACCCAUCAUGGAAUUUAUGGAGUCUGCAAUUUAUAUGUACAAGUUAGGAGCUAGUUUUAACUACUACAUGUUCGCUGGUGGAACAAACUUUGGGUUUUGGAAUGGAGCUGAAGUUGCAGCUCCAGUAAUAACAUCCUAUGAUUUUACUGCUCCCAUUUCUGAAGCUGGUGAUAUUACUCCGAAGUAUAUUGCGAUAAGAGAUUGGUUGGAAACUGUUUCGGAUUGGCCUAAUCGUCCAACUGAUAUUCCGGAAAAUAAUCCAAAAAUUGGAUAUGGUGAAGUGAAUCUUCGCAGAUUAACUGAAAUCAGUGAUCAUCGAGCGAUUGCCCAAUUUAGUCGUUGUAUCAAAUCAACUUAUCCGAAAUCUUUUGAAGAUAUUCAUCAUCCACUCGGUUUUGUCCUUUACUCGACUAAACUAAAAAUUGUUGGCUCAAAUUUAACAAUUCCUUUAAUAAAAGAUCAUGGAUUUACUUUUCUGGAUGGAAAACUUCAGGAAGUUUUCGUAAACAUUCUUGGCAAUUAUUCCAAGAAUUGGAUGAUUAUAAAGAAUGCAAUGAUAGGCAGUAACUUGGUUAUUUUAGUGGAAAAUCGUGGCCGACAAACGUAUGAAACCAUAAAUGACUUUAAAGGUAUUCUUUCCAAUGUCACAUUAGACGGUCAUAUACUUGAUGAUUGGGUUCAAUGUGGCAUUACACUUAAAGCCAUUUAUCGACAAUUGCGCAGACCUGGUAGAAAUAUAUUUUAUCGCCAGCUAAAUCGAGCCAAAACAAUAAAGAAUAAUGAAAAAAAUAAUCCUGGAGUCUACGUUGGAACAUUUAAAGCCAAUCCAGUUGUUGACACAUUCUUCGACCCAACAGGAUGGGGCAAAGGUCAAGUGAUGAUCAAUGGCUUUAAUAUUGGCCGAUACUGGCCGAGUUUAGGCCCACAGGUGACUUUGUACAUUCCUGCACCAAUCUUGAGACGGAAUAACAUUAUAAUUCUCCUCGAACUUGAAUAUGCCGGUAAUUGCAUUACGAAUCAGUGCAAGAUAAAUUUUAUCGAUCAUCCAGUAUUUAAUUUCACGGAUAAUCCCUAUCACGUUGAACAGUAUAUGAAGAAAACAAUUGGCAAUGCUUAA